GCCGUAUCUCACCCGCACUUCUAUUCUUAAUUUCGAUGGCCGAUAAUGCUAUCUCUGUUUCACGCGAAGUAUCCGCAGACCUGGCUCGGGCAGCGGUUGUUCUUCAGGGCAUGCAAUCACAGUCGCGUUCCUCCACCCUUGGCGUUCCCCUCAAUGUUCCCCCGGCCCUUUUCGGCGCUGGCGGACCAAUGCUGAAGCAAUUCGAUGAAUCUGCUGUCAACAGCAGGAAGGGAUCCCAGGCGCCGACCCCUCCACAGUCAGUAAAGGGCAUCGGAGGCAAAGUUGCCAAACCUGAUUAUUCGGAGAGUAAAAUUGUUGUCGCGAUGGUCGGGCUUCCAGCUCGAGGCAAGUCCUACCUCAGCAACAAGCUCAUGAUAUAUCUCAAGUGGCUCGAGUACGAUGUGAAGGUGUUCAAUGUUGGACAGCUUAGGCGAACACGAGCAAGACAAAAGGCACAGCAAAGCGGAAUUAAGGAAGACCAUACAGCUUCUUACUUUAGUCACAACAAUGCCGAAGCGACCCAAUUGCGGGACCGUUUGGCGGAGGACAGUCUUGAGAUGCUUAUCAAAUGGUUGAAAGAAGGGGGUAAUGUUGGUAUUCAUGACGCCACAAACAGCACACGAGCCCGUAGGGCCAAGAUCCAGGCCCGCGUUGCAAAGGAGAAAGGGAUGAUCCUUAUAUUCCUGGAGUCUGUUUGCGAUGAUCCUGCGGUUAUAGCCGCCAAUGUGGCUCUGAAAGUCAGUUCGGGUGAUCCUGACUACAAGGACACGUCCCCGGAAGAAGCCAAACGUGACUUUCUGCGUCGUAUCGGUGAAUACGAGAAAGUCUAUGAGACCAUCACAGAGCCCUCCUUGUCAUACUUGCGGAUCGUUAAUGUGGGUAAGGAAGUGACACUAUCAAGAAUCAAUGGGUAUCUCUCUAGUCGAAUCGCUUUCUACUUGAUGAACCUCCAUGUCAAACCUCGAAGCAUAUACUUUUCGCGGCACGGUGAAAGUCAAUUUAACGUUGAAGGAAAAAUCGGUGGGGAUGCACUCCUUUCUUCUCGUGGAAUGGAAUACGCAAAAGCGUUGCCUGCGUUAAUAACGCAGAGUGUUGGAGAUAAGCCAUUGACGGUAUGGACAUCUACGCUCAGACGUACCAUUCAAACCGCCCAAGAUCUUCCUUACCCGAAACUUACCUGGAAGUCCUUGGAUGAGUUGGACGCUGGUGUAUGUGAUGGGAUGACGUAUGCAGAAAUUGAACAAGAGUAUCCCGAUGACUUUGCUAAUCGAGACGAGGACAAAUUUAACUACCGUUAUCGAGGCGGAGAAUCUUAUCGCGACGUUGUAGUACGACUAGAGCCUGUUAUCAUGGAGCUUGAACGUCAAGAAAAUAUCUUUAUCAUUGGACAUCAGGCUAUUCUUCGCUGCUUAUACGCUUACUUCCAUCACCUUCCGCAAGUAGAUCUUCCCUAUAUCAAGAUACCGCUGCACACCGUGAUCAAAUUGACCCCCAAGGCUUACGGCUGUGACGAAGAGCGCUACCCGCUUCCAAUCUCCGCGGUUGAUACCCACAGGCCAAAACCGAAGUCUGGCCACCAACCUACGGUCCACGUGUCGUCUGCGCGACAGUACUUUUCUGAAGACGUGAAAAACUAACGUCACCCCAAAAAGUAUUUUGGGGAUGCAUAGAGCUGUAUCAUACAUGUCUGGGCCAUCGGACACUAUACACAUCGUACUAGUAGCUUUUAGAACGGUAAUACUGGGUCUCGUCCACGAUAAGCAGACAGGGAAUAACACGAGUCGUGCGAAAGGCUGCUUCCUUCGAGUCUCGACUGAUGGAGUUUGAGCCUCAACGACAGGCAAUACCCGAGAUAUUGGCGGGAGUUGUACGAGCUAUGGUAUUUCGCGGCUUGCUGCAAGGAGUGCGCGGAC